AUGUUUAAUGGGUUGAAUUUUGCUAAUUGGAGUGAACAAGUUCAAUUUCACCUCCGUGUAUUGGAUCUUGAUUUGGCACUCUUAAGUGAUCAGCCUGCUGCUAUUACUGAUUCUAGUAGUGCUGAAGAAAUAACCUAUUACAAUAAUUGGGAAAGAUCAAACAGGUUAAAUUUGAUUUUUAUGCGAAUGAGUGUUGCAAAUAACAUUAAGACAGUUAUUCCCAAAACUGAAAGUUCUAAGGAGCUUUUAAAGUUUGUGGGAGAGCGUUCCCAAACAGCAAAUAAGUCUCUUGCUGGGACAUUAAUGGGUACAUUAACCACCAUGAAGUUUGAUGGUUCACAUACUAUGCAUGAGCAUGUUGUUGAAAUGACAAAUAUUGCAACAAAAGUUAAGACUUUUGGAAUGGAUGUGAAUGAAAAUUUUCUUGUUCAGUUCAUUUUAAACUGA